CAGAUCUCAUCUCCUCAACGGCCCCCUUCGACGCUUCACACUCGCAUGUGCAAAUGGCGCGACGCAGGCGUAUGGCCUUCUCUCCCUCGCCGCUCCCCCUCGCCGUCCUCCUCCUCCUCCUCCUCCUCUUCGCUGGCCGAUCCGCUUACAGUCGCCUCAUCUCACCGCCAAUCGCAGAGGAGGCACUCAAUCUAGCGGUCUCCGAUGGGAUAUCCAGCCGCGCCGCUGCCGCCGUCAAGUACUCCCCUUUCCUCCGCCUCCCAGAGGCUUCCGCGGCGGCGGAGUGUGAGCCCUCGUACGGCUUACUUCCCUGCACCACCACGGUGCUCGGGAACCUCUUCCUGGUGAUCGUAUACGGGUUCCUGAUGCUUAAGGCGGCGACCUAUCUCUCCUCCGGGAGCGAGCUGCUUCUCGGGAUCUUGGGACCAGGCAUCAUAGGGGGGCUUUUUCUCCCCAUCCUUGGAGCUCUCCCUGAUGCCUUGCUCAUUCUUGUCUCUGGUCUAUCUGGAAGCAAAGAAACAGCUCAAGAUCAAGUCCUCAUUGGGAUGGGUUUACUUGCUGGAUCAACUGUUAUGCUUUUAACAGUACUUUGGGGCUCUUGUGUUAUUGUUGGCAAAUGUGAUAUUUCAGAAUACUCAACAUCGAUAGAUCUUCAAGAUACUAAAGGUUUCAGUCUAUUUGGUUCUGGCAUUACAGUUGAUGCUCCAACAUGCUAUUCUGCAAGAAUCAUGGCUCUAUCAAUUAUUCCAUUUAUUAUUGUGCAAUUACCAAAAGUUUUUAAGUUUCCUUCUGGACAACGUGUAGCAGUCUUGGUUGCUCUUAUCGUGGCAAUUGUGCUCUUACUGUCUUAUUGCUUGUAUCAGAUUGUUCAGCCAUGGAUUCAGAAGAGACGAUUGGAAUAUGCGAAGUACAGGCUUGUUAUAUCAGGCAUUUUAAGACUUCCUCAUGUCCAAGCCCUUGGACAGCUUAUCGAUGACAGAGGAAACCCUAAUCUACGCGUUAUCGAAAAGCUGUUUCAUCAGCUAGAUCUGAAUGGAGACAAUAGAGUAUCGCGUUCUGAGUUAAGAGCACUUAUCAUAGGACUUCAGAUUGAUGAAAUAAACUUGGAUAAGGAUGAUGCUGUAGAUGCAGUAAUGAAAGAGUUCGAUACAUCUGGAGAUGACUAUAUUCAAGUAGAAGAGUUCACUAAUGGCAUCUCAAAAUGGAUCAAACAAUCCACAAGGCCUUUUGCAUUUGGCAGUUCUUAUUCAAAGAAGUUGCAUCAUGCUCACAUGGAAGCUCAAAAUGAACACGCCGUGCUCACUGAUCAAGGCGACGAGGUUGAAGAAGAAAGUACUGAAAAUCCAACAUGGACCACCUUCAAAGCAGUCCUCCUUUUGAUUCUGGGAACCAUCAUAGCAGCAGUGUUUGCUGAUCCUCUUGUAGAUGCUGUUGAUAACUUCUCAGAUGCUACAAGUAUACCAUCCUUUUUCAUAUCCUUCAUUGCAAUGCCUUUGGCUACCAACUCCAGCGAGGCCGUGUCGGCAAUUAUUUUUGCAAGUCGAAAGAAACAAAAACUUGCCUCACUGACCUUUUCAGAGAUAUAUGGCGCGGUAACAAUGAACAACACUCUAUGUUUGGCCAUCUUCUUGGCUCUUGUUUACUUUCGGCACUUGACAUGGGACUUCACAGCGGAAGUGCUAAUCAUUCUCUUGGUUUGCGUCGUGAUGGGUGUCUUCGCUAGCUUGCGCACCACCUUCCCACUGUGGACGUGUUUUAUCGCCUUUGCACUCUAUCCGCUCUCCUUGGCUAUCGUCUAUGUUCUCGACUACAUCUUCGGCUGGUCAUAGAUUUCUGGUGUCUUCUCAACUUUAUGUUUUUGAAAUUUGAGGAAGACUUGUUUGUAAUACUUAAGCUGACACAAACUCACAUCUCGAGCUCUUUGUUUCUUCUUCUCCAUCAAAUAAUUGGCUUGCUUCUAUUUAUUUAUGAUGAAACUAUUGGGAAAAUACAUACGUUAUUUUUGAUAAAGACAUCAUUUCCAGGACAA